UUCAGUCGUCUGGCAGCCAGGAAUAGUCUCGGCGAUAACAUUCUGAAGUGAGGCUUUGUGAAGCAGGUGUGUGCACAGGUGGACAAUCACUGUUGGUCCCAGAGUUCAACGCAUGGGAAUUUACCUGACACGAUCGCCGUGGUGCCACUGCCGCCUCACAGCGGUGGAUGUAAAUCUUACAGACGUUACCUGUGGUCAGGGGGCUACCACACCAGACGAUGAUGAUGGUGCUGUCUGUCUGUGCCUUCUACAGCUCCUACCCGCAUCUCACGCUGACAGACUGCACUGGCACCCCGAAAUCCGAAUGUGGCGACCCAGCGGGUGUAGAGGAUCCCACAGCCUGCGGUCUUCCUGCCCCAGAGGCCUCGGUCGAUCAGCAGAGGUGUGCGGAGGGAGUUGGAAGUUCUGCUAGUGAAGACGACGACUACAUCGCCACUGACUCCGUCACGACUGCCGCCAACGUCUGCGAGUGUGUUGACAGUCCGCUGGUCAGUGUGAUGGCCGAGAGGCGAGAGGCGGUCGGCCAGACUCGUCACCGGAAGCGUGGCCUUCAAAAAGGUGGCACGGCGAUGACGGGGUCGACGAGCUGGCCGAUGGACAGGUUGUGAUGUACGAGCGAGAGAGCAUGUCAGCGGAGUUCGUGGCAGGUAUCAUCGCGGACGACGAACAGGACGAGGAAGCGUGCCUGAAGAUCGACGAGACAUACGUACGUGAGACAGACUUCGACGUUGACAACAACGACGGCGAGGCGGUGGUGGAGGUGGUGUGCGAGACGACGCUGGUGGAGACUGGCGGGCCCCACGGCCACCAAACCUCGCCAGGGGCGGCGCGCACGUCACACAGUCAGACAGAAGUGCCGGGCAGCUGUGUCGUGCAGCUGGUAACCUCGGAGGAAGGAGCAGGACAAAACGAGGAUGUCCACUUGAGCGACUGUCCACACGCUGUUGACCCUGAGCAUGAGGUCAUGUGCCGUUUCCGGAAGAGGAAAUCGGAGAGCGUUCAUGGUCAUCACCCAGCUUGCAGAUCGUGUCGUCGAGUGAGCGAGUCCGGCGCAGUGGAUGCUGGGUACUACAGCAGUGGUGAGGAGUCCUUGUCCUUGUCCUUUGUAACAGCGACGGAGGAGACGGGUGUGGCAACAGAAGCUGUGCUCACGGAAACUUCGGUCUUGGUGUUGGACGUGUGCGCCGCCUCCUCCACCUCCAACUCCAUCGACGACGGUGCUGACCCCUGCGAGGCUGACCCCCAGCACCCCGACUUCCCCCUCGCCACUUGCCUGACCUGCUCUGUGGACACUGUGCCAAUGGUGGCCUUGGAGUGCGAGCUCCCCGUGUCCGGGCGCCUGUCCCCCCCGGUGGACGAUGCCUCGGUGGCCUUUCUACCCAUGGGCAGCGACUUGCACCCGGAUGCGGUCCUGGAGGUGGCUGUGUCGGACAGCGGUGAGGUGGGUGAAGACCACUUCUCUGUGACCAGUCGUGGCUCUGGCUUGAAACGCAAGCGGCAUCAGAGAAAUGACUGUGAGGACGAGAGCUUUGACGUGUGUGAUGAGCAGUGUGUGAACUCUAGUCAGCUCAGGGACCGAGCUUGUCACGACCAAGCAGAUUCUCCACGACGAGGCAGUCACAAGAAACGAAGAGUAGACGGUGGUAGGUGCCACGCGGACAUUGAGGAACGUGAUCUGAACUGCGACAUGGAGGAGCAGGAGGUGCCUGACACUACUACUACCACGACCACCACCGCUGACGCCGUCGUGGCCCUGGUCCAAGAUCCCCCAGACUCCACAGACCCGACAUCGACAGGAGAGUGUGAGGACAGUCUGUUGGCCUCGUCGUCAGUGACGAGCGGGUUCAAACUGCCUCGCAUCAGCCCGUUCCACAACACCCCGAAACAGCGGAAGGAGGAGCGGCGGCGCAUUUUGAAGCUGUCGAUCCACAAGAUGCGGGCGGUGGAGGAUCCCGAGCACUUCCUGCGGCGCUCCGUGCUCAUCAACAACACCAUGAAGCGCCUGCAGCGAGAGCUUCGGGAGGAGAAGCUGCGGGGUGGUCCUCGCCGCGCCGCCGCCGCCUGCUACAGCCUGUACCGCCACCGCGGCCCUGCCCUGCACUACGACGUCCUCAACAACAGCUACCUGCUGCACGACGAGGCGUUCGCCGUGUCCGAGCAUGACCGCAUCACGGACGACAUGACGGACGCUCUGGUCACGCGCUUGGAGGCGACCUCCACCGUCUCCAGCACCACUACUACUACCUCUGUCGCACCGGAGUCGUCGUCGGCGGCGGUGAUGUGCGACAGUGAUGACGUAUUCGCGGUGUCGCCGCUCUUGCCAGACACAACCUCCUCCAUAUCGUCCUCGCCGCCGUCGCCGUCCUCGUCAUGUUCUAGCGAGAGUCAGCGCGGCAAGCAGUUCUUUUCCGAUAUGGACGUCGUCUUCAACAACCUGAUUCGAGCUCUAGGCGAGAGCUAACGGUUGCUAUUGGCGACUGGAGCGAGACCGAGUGACCGCUGUAUGGUGAUUAAUUAACCUUCCUUCUCUCACAGACUCCAAUCGGUGACUCGCGCCUGUGGACAAACGCUCUUGGAACUUUUUAACCAGACCACCGGCAUUGUGGGACACCACGUGACACUGAACUGUCCAUGAGACACGCGUGCAUCGUCUGUGUGUGUGUGUGUGGUGGGCGGAAGGAAGACGGGAUGAAUGGAUGUGCAAAACAGGAAACAAGAUGACUACAUUAAUUAUAUGCCUUAAUGAUUGACAUGUGAUGACGAUGAUAAUUAUUUACCAGACUUGUAACUGGUUCGCCAUAAAAUGUCUCCUCUGCCAUUUUCCAAGCGGAUAUUCUGUAGGUGCUAGGUUUACUCCAAAAGGUGCGUAAGGGGUAAGGGGUCACGUAGGUCACAGUUCAAACACGUAUUUGGCUAGUCGUGGUUGUAGUAAGGAUCUCUCGCCUGUAAAGAUUGCCCUCUGUGGUCAUCAUUUUAUGGGGACAGAUGUCGGUGCCGAGUGAAAACUACUUACUACCUGCUUAGUACCAGGUCUCCUGCGCUCAGCUUGACCCCGUUUUCAGCCGCUCUUGACCCCAGAUUUCUAGUCGCUCUAGAAUGCAAAACUUGCCAUCCUAUGGUAGUUGGAUAAAUAUUUUAGGUUCCGAGACGGUGGAUAUAGGAAGGAGAAGACACUAACAGGUGUAGGAGAAGAGAGGUGUAGGAGAACGCUGCCUUGUCAAGUUGUGAUGUGUGGAGUCUGUGGAAUGGUGUAGCUUGGUGCCAGUCCAUUUUGUUUUGCUCUCCUCUACCCCACACCUGCUGUCUCGGUGGAUUAGUUUAGUCAUGUCAACCAGCGUGACCCGCUGAGGUUGACGACAGAAGAAAUAGAUAACAGGAACAGGCUUUACUCAAUAACCAUUCCCACGGGUAUUGCCGUUACAUCACAGGUCAGCAGUUCAGGUCACAGUGAGCUGUUCGCCAACUAAGAAGCUGACUUGUUGACUAGAAACACAAACUUUAUCGUUAUCCUGGCUCGUGGACGGCCUGUCAGUCGGGUGUUAUCAGAAUAUUAUCAGAAUAAUAAAUUUAAAAAAGACUCAUCGCCUUGCGGCCAGAUUUUUUUAUUUCUUUCUCCCACCCCGUUCUUUUGUUUCCUCUCAUCUGUUUAUGAUUUACCCUCCAGCUUCACUUUGAUCCUGGACAAAUCCCACCUGCAACGGUCGUCGUGUCAAAGUCGAGUACAUGUCUACCCCGUGUUUUUAUGAUCAUCAAGGACUUGAACCUUUCAGUCAGGGUAUCCACCCGUCACAUGUGCGCUGACAUUUCUGUGGCUGCUCUUUGAUUAGCCGACUAGCUUGUCGUACGCAGUCAAAUCGUAAAAUCGAUGGACACCCAAGGUGGCGGCGUCCUUACGUGAGCAGACUGACGUCACAGCUUGUACACACGCGCACGGUGGGUUGGAGAGGCUGGGGUGGGUGUUAGCAUCAGCAAAGUGCACUUGGCGCGGGGUGGAGGGGACGAGAACGGUGACGACUAUUUCCAGACGCUGCGACCCCACGUGACAUUUGUCGCCGUUGAGUCCUGGCAUCACCCGCCGCGCGCAGGCCCCGCCCACCUGACGUGUGACGGAAGCCGGUGGACAAAAAUAGAUCGUGCGCUGUGCGCCGUGUGCGUCACGUCUAUUUGUGGCCCGCACCGCGCUAAAAAUAGCCUUGGCGGCCAGAAUACAUCAGGGGGCGGGUGAGUGGGGGAGAGGGAUGAACGCGAAAGGGAAUUUCAGUCAGAAUAGGUCAGCUGACAGCAAAUAACGGACUGUCGUCAUGAAUGAUUAUAGACAACACCAUUCUCAACGAGGAAAAACCUGAACAUCGUCGUCGAUGUAAUAAAACAAGAGGUGAUAGUAAGGGAGGGAGGGCUGGGGAGAUUGUGGAAAUAUCUUAUGAAUGAGUUGUGCAAAUGGUUGGGUGGUAGAAAUGUAAGCACGCUGACUUGAGACACCCCCAUUAGAACAAAAAUGGAAACGUGGAGAGAGGGAGAGAAUGAAGUAAAAGUACGGGAACAUACGGAAUUGCUUUAGCCGUUAACAAAAAAAAAAAAAAAUUCCAGGAGGAGUGCAACUCCCAUAAUCCCGCCCCCAAGCGUGCGCUUGCUCAAUAGUUGUAGUGCAGGUUGUUGCUGAGUCAAAUAUUCUAUUGUUUUCCACGCGGCCUGACCGACUUUACUCACAACACUGAAGGUGGCGCGCGUGGUGGUGAGCGUCCUCCCCCUCCCCCUGUACGUCAGCAGCUCACAACUGUCUAACGGACAUGUCGUCAUCAAGGUCGCGGUGGUCGUAAACAAUGGCACGAGAACUUCAGGUAUCAGAUGUUGUGUGGAUGUGUGUGUAGGUGUGCAUGUGUGUGGGUGUGUAUGUGUGUAGGUGUGUAUGUGUGUGUGGGUGUGAUGGCGCGUUGUGCGCAGUUCCAGUAGUGAAGGAGGGUUGGGAGGGACUGCUGCUUUUCUCUCUCGCUCUUGUCGCUGUCACGUGCCACGGAAGUGACCCCAUUCUCGCCCUCCUCCCGCAUCCCCACCCUUGUCUAAACUUGGAAUGGCAGCAGGAGUUGGUCCCAACACUCGAGGUCCGUCAGUCCAGACCAACGACUUACCCACAACCCCCUUGGUGUAUCUGCGUGAAGAAAGUUGUUGUUGCUUUGUUGUUUACCGCGCGUGGGUUGACAAGGAAUAUAGUGUUUAUGUCGAGAUGAUGCUCCUGUUUACCACAAGUGAGGGUGACUGCAGGCCUGAGAGCAUGUGUGCUUGUCAUGUUGUCUAACGGGCCUUGACAGUUUGCCAUUGUUCCAGUGUGGAGACAAAAAGCUGCCAGGUCCACGGACGCCAGUUCAGUUUUGUCUGAAUGUGUGAGUGGAGAACAAGAGAAACAAAUAAAUGUGGCUGUGAGAAGGGUUGUGUUCCUAGUGCACUCACAUAAAUAAUCAUUCUCUAGAAACACUGAUGCCUGUCACAUUCAUACAAGGUUUGUCUCUGAUUGUCAGUACACUGAAUUGAAAGUGCUUUUCAAACGUCUACAACGGUUAUUAUAUGUACAUAAGGAGAGGUUAACAAAAGUAUUUGAAUAGUUAAUUAAUUUCUGGUUAAAGUUGUGGGUGUGCGUGGGCGGGUGGCUGGGUGGAGAGAGCAAUGACAACAAUGAAGGUCCAUUUAUCUGUUUCAUGCACACUGUUACAAGGUGGCUCACACGAUUGUUGUUUUGUUUCCACAGUUGUUUGUGAUUUGUUUGACAAGAUGUAUCAUUUCAUGUGUAAAGAAAGGUUUAUCACCGCAGGGCCCCCACAGUGCCAUUGUCAACUGGCCGGGAAAAAGUCACAGAUGCCCAAUAAACAUCUUGCAAUGAAC